AUGGAGUCGGGCUCAACAUCCUGGGACACCUUCCCUAAUGAGCCUAGUCAAUUGCCGAUGGGCAUCUCAACAUGGAUCGAGUCCGGCAACAAGCAUGCGACAACCGAUCUACGACGCGCCCACACGGUUGCACACGGCAGAAACACCAAGGAAUCCCCCAUCAUUGGCUCGAGAACAGCCCGGGAGCGGAUGGCGGCCUCACUACUGCGGGUCAAGGACAGCCACGAGUUACUGCGAAAGGGUUCCUUCAAGCGACCCGACAUCUCUCAGGCGCCGCGCGAUGCGUCCGUAGGAGCUCGGGAACCGAACCACUUCACCGUGGGAAAUGUCGGCCAGAAUGGGAAGAUCUUCCUCAGGCCGAUUCGCAACCCAUCGAUGAAAGAACCCUUCCUAGCGCCUUCUGUCCCUUUGCCGAACCAGGCCAGACAAGAAAAGUUUUCGCAUGGACGCACGGGUCCCGAGGGCGAUGAACCUUCGAGAUGGUCGAACUCGCAGUUCUCCGAGCUGGGCCCAGACCUCAUCCCGGAAGAAAGCUGUGAAGAUGGCGACUCGGUCAAUACCGAGUCGGCGCGUUCGCAAUACCACCGCCUGUCUCAUCGGCCCCGUAAAGCGCACUCGUUCUCUACCAUCUCAGAACAACGGUCGGAGUCGCGUGCAGGUCACGCGGGGGAGUUCCGUAUCUUUAUCGAUCGACCGGAUGACCGACCGAAGACUGCCCAUGAGCCAUCGAAUCGGAUUGUGGAAGCUGCAAUACCUCCCUACCCCUUGGACCUGCCUCGAUUUGUUUUCGAUGAUGAUACUGCUCUGCAUACGUCUGUCUAUUCCAGGACUUCAACGUCGGACAACUUACGCACCUCCCAGUUCCCGAGAGGGCAUUGGAUCGGGACCCUGGCAUCCGAUGCUUAUUUCGGGAACCCGGACCGACCUUCAUUUGUUGGCUCUGUCUUUUCUGGGGCGGGUGCCAUUGAAUUACCGUCGGGUUCCGCUAUCAGCGAGAGCCCGGUUUUCUAUGAGCCAAAAGAGCCCAUUGAGCCGGCCAUCUUCGAGGCUCUGGUGUCGGAAAUGGACAACGAGUCGGUAGUUCGCUAUGCUCCAGGCACCAAGGACAUCAGUGCUGCCACUCCGGCUCGGAUUGUCGCACAGAUAUCCUCCGCCUCCUUCAUGGACUAUGAGCUCGUAUCGGAUUUCUUUCUCACGUUUCGCUCCUAUCUCUCCGCUGGUACUCUCCUGGCACUUCUUCUCGCUCGGCUACGCUGGGCAAUCAAUCGCCUCCAGGACGAUGGAAGGAUUAUCCGUAUUCGCACUUUCGCAGCGCUCCGACAUUGGAUUCUGAAUUAUUUUGUGGAUGACUUUGUUCCAGAUUACGAACUGCGCGCUCAUUUCUGUGAUACCAUCAACAGUAUGUACGAUGCUGUGAAGUCCCGACACAACGGCGGAAUGAGUGAUCUGAAAAUCUUGAUUGAUCUCAAGCGAUGCUGGUAUGGAAAGUGUUCAUUGUAUUGGAACUUGACGGAUCGCCAGGAUGCCUUCCAAAGCCCAGAUCUUGCUAUUUUCCCUGGUGGCCAUGAGGCUGAGAGCCUACUGGAGACAGUGAGUGGGGAUGGCCUACCGAUCCUUUUGCGUACCAGAAGCGCCGUCGAAGCUGCCCCUACGGGCACGCAGUCUCGUCCAAUCUUUCAGCACAACCGAAACAAUUCCUCAAAUACAACGAAGAGUGUACCGCUUUCAGCAGAGAGUGACCGGAGCCUCCAGGCGGCCUCUUGCUCCUUGCCCCCAAAGUCUCCGAAGCGUCUUUCAUUGUCUGUUGUCCAUACCAAGGCGCCCCAUCCAGUGCCUGUGUUGUCCCUGAAGCAAACUUCUUCUCCGCGAGACCCGUAUCCUCCUCCGCCCCUUGCUUCACGCCGCUAUCCAUAUCACGGGCAUACACACAAACGCAGUGGUAGUUUCUCCGAUUCUGUUCGCGACGGCAGAGCGCCCCUCUCUUUACUCAAACCCGAGCAACAGGUCCCAAUCUCCCAGGAGGCAUUCAAUCUCGGUAGCCUGAUACGUGGGCAACUUUACCCCCCGGCUGAGUCCUAUACCAUUAUGAUGGCACCCCCGUCACCUCCUCUGCCGUCAUCUGCCAAGGACGUAGCCCCGGAGCGUCGAAGCACCUUGUAUGGAAUCAAUAAACCCGGCUCCUCCCCCUCUGGCAUGAAGACAAUCAUCGGCUCAAUCCGCCGAGCGCUGAAUAGUCGUCAUGGUGGAAAUGGUAGCCUAUCGCGCGCCAUGAACGGGAAUACAACAUCAUUGAUGCCCGGGAGAACUUCGGCUCUCCCAAACAACGUCGCAUUCGGCUCUGAUUUCUACAAGGGGAAAAAGACUGCCGCCGCGGUGAAAAAGCCUUUGAGAAUUGACAUGCUGUGCGACGAGGCUUUGCGGCAAUACCGCACUGCCGUGGCUGAGCAAGCCGAUGCACAGGCAGAUUCCCUGUCCACUGAAUCACAACCAGGCUCCGGUGUGGAUGGUGGGAACCUCAAUUCACAUGCCUCUAUAAUGGGUCAUGGGAGAGCGCAAAGUCAGGCUACCACGGGUAGUGAAUCCAUUGUCAUCGUAGACGGCACUGGGCUGGGCGUGCCUGUUAUGUCGGGAGCCAUCCCUGGGUCACAUGGAGGGCUCGAGCAGCCUCCCGGGUUCCUGGAAGGCGAACCGUCCCCUGUGACGAUGAGAGCCCCUUCAUCGCAGGUGCCAUUCCCAAGGUCAACUCUGAUGAGCGACGAGUACUCAUUACCAAUCUAUUUCGACGACUCUGAGUCAGGCCCGGCCAGCCGGGCCUCGUAUUCGCAGCGUCCUUCUGGAUACUCCGCGUCGCGCAGGUCGUAUUCUGUGGAGCGCAUGUCGAAUUCCUGGAAGAGAACGUCUCCUGCGUUACGUCUGCGCAAAUAUGCUUCCUUCCAGAGCGGAAUAUCAAAACAUCGCCUCACCAUGGGCAGUGAGGUUGGUCCUCCUCUCCCCCAGCAGAGCUUGCAGCAGCAUGUGGACAGACCCGCGGGGCCAACGCUGCGCAGGCGACCGGGCGGCGACUUGCGUCAAAUGCGAGACGGGGGUAGCCUUCCAUCCAGGCCUGGCUCGGGCUCCUUUGUCUCCGAUAUCACUUACCGCAGUUCUGGCGCCGAGACAGCUGUCACGCGAGUUGAAAAUCCUGGCUCGCGGCCCCAAACGUCCCUUGUCCCCCCAAAUCCCCGCCUCUCCUUGAUGACGACUCAUUCAUCCCAGAACAUGCGGCGUUCUUUCGAGGCCGCCAUUGCGCAAUUCGCGCAGAUUCCAGACGACGACGAUGGGGGCGUUGAGUCGACCUUGUUGAAGCUUGAAGGGAAAUGGCAAGGCGCCACCGCCAUGGAUAGCGAAGAUUCUGCUGCUGGACCAGUAGAGCCGCACCAGAGCCAGGUCCUCAAUAGGGUCCGCGAGGAGGAAGUGUUUUUUCAGGGCUAUGCGCAUACCGGGCAGGGCAACCGCACCGGCCUGGAUGCUGCCGCUGGGAGACGUCAAACCUUCAUCGGCAACAGUCUAACUUACUCACAAGUCCAGGGGCGGGUUGUUCCUCAUAGACCAUACUCGGAUUCAAUUGCAGAAUCAGAAGACUCGUACAGCUCGAUACCACUUCUGGAGCGAGGACUGAGCGAUGAGUCGAUGAAGAAACCCGUGACGAGCCGUCCGUCAUCUCACAUAGCUGGACCGUCUCGCUUUCACCCCAGCAGUUUCUCGAGCCGAGAUAUGUCUGACAUGGAAUCUUCGCACCCAUCUAUUGACAUCGUGAAAGAGACGGAGAGUAUGAGGCGCAUCCCACGGGGCUCAACAUUGCCUGUAAUCCCCUCGGGAUCUAGGAAGAAUACGGGUCGUCUUUCAGGCUUAUCAUCCGAGCUUUCGGUUGACCUGAUUGAUUCGCGUGAAGCUGCCGAGCAACGCCUUUCGAUUGAUACCCACCGAAUGAGCGGGUCAUCGCUCGGCAUUCCACCUCAUCCCCUCGCCCACCACCCGCCUUCCCCCCCAAUGACUAUUCAGAACACCCGUUCUAUAGCCUCGUGGACUACCCCCUUGAAUCCGGUGCUCUUCCAGGCCCAACCUUUAACGCCAGACCCUUCUCCGAGGAACAAAAUGGCAGAACAAAACAAUGACCGAUCUAUCAACAUGCAGCAAGUCUCCGGCGAUGUUCUCUCCCAGUCCGAGAAAUGCCGCAAGCUGCCAGAACGACUCCAGGUCCCCGGACCCGAGCACGUGCCUUUCGUUCUCUCCUGCGAGUCGCACGUCCUUGCUCAGCAACUGACCCUGGUGGAAAUGGCUGCUCUAAGCGAGGUGGAUUGGAGGGAUCUGGUUGAUAUGCGUUGGAGUAGCGGCUCGCCCUCGACGCUGAACUGGGCGCAGUUCCUUACGGAGGAAGAGCACCGAGGAAUCGAUCUCGUUGUGGGACGCUUCAACCUGAUGGUCAGAUGGGUGCUUUCGGAAAUUGUUCUCACCGAAGACAUUCACGAACGAGCACGCACAAUCGCCAAGUUCAUCCACACGGCCGCCCACGCCCGAAGGAUGUGCAACUACGCCACGAUGCUACAGAUCGCCAUUGCCCUGUCCUCGUCGGAUUGCUCUCGCCUCCAGGGCACCUGGGCAUUGGUAUCACAGGCUGACCAGCGCCUACUUAAGGACAUGGAGUCGUUGAUCCAGCCGAUCCGCAAUUUCCAUGACCUCCGCCUCGAGAUGGAAACGGCGAAUGCGCAAGAGGGCUGCAUCCCGUUUGUCGGCCUCUAUGUCCAUGACCUCACAUACAAUGCCCAAAAGCCCGCGCGGGUGACGACGCAGGACGGGGAGUCCCUGAUAAACUUCGAGCGCUACCGCACCACGGCCAAGAUUGUCAAGAGCCUGCUACGGCUGAUCGAUGCGAGCACCAGGUACCGAUUUGAGCCCAUGCAGGGCGUCAUCGAACGCUGCCUUUGGAUUGCAUCGCUCUCGGAAGAGGAGGUCCAGAGUCGCAGCAAACAAUUGGACUAGAAACGAAGAAAAGGAAUGGAGAGGGAGGGCGGAGAAAGGGAAGAAAAAAAAAAAAAGAGGGGAAGGAAG